UAGUGCACAUUGGCCGGGUUGCAGCCGCCGCCUGCUCCUCCUGUUGGAUUCUCUGCGCUUGGCUUCCGAAGAGGUUGCCGGCACAGGAAAGGAAGGGGGCGAGCAGGGGAAGCCUGUUUCCUUUUGCUUUCCUUUAUUUAUUUUUCUCCAGCACGGCGGCACCGCCGCACCCCUCUUAAGAGCCUUACGCUACAGUGCGGCGCUGCUUUAUCGCCCGGGAGAUCAGCCCGGCUACGGCUGCCGGCGGGGUUGUGCAUGCGCCUUCGCGGGCGCGCGGAUGCAUUUGGAGCAGCAGCAGCAGCGGCGGCGGCGGCAGGAGGGAUUUGGAUAGCUUAGGCGCCCUGCAGAAAGGCGUCCUCUUUGUGGGUGGGUUCUCCCCCCUCCCUUAGCGCAUCGUAUUUAGUUGGGGAUUCUGGAGAGGGGGGCGGGGGCGCGCCGGCCCCGAGCGGAACAGACGCGCCGUCGUGCCCACCUCCCUCUCCUCAGUAGCUCCGAGCCGAGUGACUGAGGGGCGGGGAACGCGGCCAGCGGCGUCCUCUCUCUCUCUCCGCCUCCCAGCACCACUUUUCCCGAGGCGGGCGCGCGCCUAAGGCUGAAUGGAAGCAGCCUGGAGGCUUGGCGGCCUCUCAGCGGCUCAUGACGGGCGUCCCCGAGGCGGGAGGUGCUGAGCAGGGGCUCUGUGAGAGGGAUGCGUGGUGGUGCCUGCGCGCGCGUGACUUAAGAGGGCGACCUGCUGCCUCUCCUCUCUCUCCCCCGCCCCUCAUGGGCACGGAGUCCCCGGCACAGCUUGGCGCUACUACUACAGCUACAGCUGCUGCUCCUGCUUGGAUGAAGGCGGCGGCUUCUUCCUAACGCCCAGCCUCUGAGGGACCGCAGUCUCCCGCCCUCUUUUUUUUUUUUUUUUUUUUUGGCGGGAUGCUGAGGUAAAGGAUCCCCUCGCGCGCGGGCGGGCAUCUCUUUGGUCAGGGCGCGUGAGGAGGCUUAAGGUGGGGAGUGGAGGGGGUGUCGCUUGCGAGGGGAGGGUUGAUAUUGGUAUUGGGCUGCGGUGUGGGCGACACGGCUCUCCAAUGGCCAGCCCGCGGAGGAACCUUGAGUUGGAGCAUUUCGAGGAGAGGGACAAAAGGCAUCCGCGCUCGAGCUCCCGCCGCGGCGGAGGGGGCAGCUCCACUUGCAGCAGCAGCUCGGGCCCCAAAGGGAACGGGCUCAUCCCCAGCCCCGCGCACAGCGCCCACUGCAGCUUCUACCGCACGCGCACCUUGCAGGCCCUCAGCUCGGAGAAGAAGGCGAAGAAGGCGCGCUUCUACCGCAAUGGGGACAAGUACUUCAAGGGCUUGGUCUACCCCAUCUCCAGCGACCGCUUCCGCUCCUUCGACGCCCUCCUGGCCGAGCUCACCAGGUCUCUGUCGGACAAUGUCAACCUUCCCCAGGGCGUCCGCACCAUCUACACCAUCGACGGCAGCCGGAAACUCUCCAACCUCGACGAGCUGGUGGACGGUGAAAGCUAUGUCUGUGCAUCCAAUGAGCCAUUUCGGAAAGUUGAUUACACUAAGAACGUUAAUCCUAAUUGGUCUGUCAACAUAAAAUCUGUGUCAUCUCGAUCCCUCACAUCUUUGACAUCUGCAAGAAGUGAACUGAAGGAGAGCAAAGACUUCAUUAAACCCAAGCUGGUAACCGUUAUACGGAGUGGAGUGAAGCCACGGAAAGCUGUGAGGAUUUUGCUGAAUAAAAAGACUGCUCAUUCCUUUGACCAGGUGUUGACUGAUAUAACAGAAGCUAUUAAGUUAGAUUCUGGAGUUGUCAAGAGAAUUUGCACACUGGAUGGAAAACAGGUUACCUGUUUGCAAGACUUUUUUGGUGAUGAUGAUGUUUUCAUUGCCUGUGGACCUGAGAAAUACCGUUAUGCUCAAGAUGAUUUUGUACUAGAUCACAGUGAAUGUCGUGUUAUGAAAUCCUCUUAUUCCCGUUCAUGCGGGAUAUCAAGGUAUUCUGGAUCUAAAAGCCCUGGAUCUAAAAGCCCUGGACCUUCACGUCGAAGUAAAUCACCAGCUUCAGUAAAGAGGGGUGGCUAUUACUCCAGUGCUUACUCUUCAGCAAAAUCCCCAGUAAACGGAGCUCCAAGUAGCCAGCUUUCAACUCCCAAAUCAACAAAAUCUUCUAGUUCCUCACCAACAAGCCCAGGCAGCUUUCGGGGACUCAAGAUUCCACCACAUUGUGGGUCAACUUGCAAUGUGAAUGGUGUGCCUGAACUAUCUCCUUGCCUGAGUCCUGAAAGUUUGAAUGGAAACAAAUGCUCAGGGGCAUCAACUAUUCUUGAGAAAUACAAAGUGGGAAAGGUGAUUGGAGAUGGCAAUUUUGCUGUGGUAAAGGAGUGCAUAGAACGGUCUACUGGGAAGGAGUAUGCACUGAAGAUUAUAGACAAAGGAAAAUGUUGUGGAAAGGAACACUUGAUUGAAAAUGAAGUCUCCAUACUGCGCCAAGUGAAACAUCCCAAUAUUAUCAUGCUAAUAGAGGAGAUGGAUACUGCAACCGAGCUCUACCUGGUGAUGGAGUUGGUCAAGGGAGGAGACCUUUUUGAUGCUAUCACGUCUUCAACAAAAUACACAGAGCGUGAUGGAAGUGCAAUGGUCUACAAUCUAGCCAGUGCACUGAAAUAUCUCCAUGGUCUCAGUAUCGUUCACAGAGAUAUCAAGCCAGAAAAUCUAUUGGUUUGUGAGUAUCCAGAUGGGACAAAAUCACUGAAACUAGGAGACUUUGGACUAGCCACUGUGGUUGAAGGACCCCUCUAUACAGUCUGUGGCACGCCAACAUACGUAGCUCCUGAAAUCAUUGCAGAGACAGGAUAUGGCUUAAAGGUCGACAUUUGGGCUGCAGGUGUCAUCACAUUCAUACUGUUAUGUGGGUUUCCACCAUUUCGUAGUGAGAACAAUGUGCAAGAAGAUCUCUUUGAUCAGAUCUUGGUUGGAAAGCUAGAAUUUCCCUCUCCAUACUGGGAUAAUAUCACUGACUCUGCUAAGGAGUUAAUUAGUCUGAUGCUACAAGUAAAUGUGGAAGCGCGAUAUACAGCCGCUCAGAUUCUAAACCACCCCUGGGUGUCAGAUGAUGCCUCCCAGGAAAAUAAUAUGCAAGCUGAAGUAACAGGUAAAUUAAAGCAGCACUUUAACAACACACUACCAAAACAGAAUAACCCAACCGCAGGGGUUUCUGUCAUCAUGAACACAGCUCUAGAUAAAGAAAGACAAAUUUUCUGCAACAAGCGCUGUCAGGACCCUGGCCAAGCUGCUGUGGAUCAAACCACUAUGAUAAAUGCUGCGGCUCGUGAUCUUCCUGUGGUCGGGCUCAAAACUUUAUUUCCUGCUGCUUCUGAGCCACUCCAACUCUCUACGCACUCGGUCUCAUCAUGUCAUGAUGAUACUGCAGGAUUUUGAGACAAAUUCUACUGAAGUCCAUUGCUAGGUCAGGAAUUUAUCCACUACUAUUCACAUGCCCUCACUACUGUAGUUUGUUCACAUCUGUCUGAAAGAGAGGUAGGUAGUAUGUACGUUAGCUUUUAGUACUUUGACCAUUAUAUUUGGACUUUCUUUUUUUUUCAAAAAAAUAAUAAUAGUGUUAAAUAUAAUUUCGAACAUUUUGGGAUGUGAAUGAAUUGAUCUACUCUCAUGGUAAUCACAUGUUGAUAUACAAACUUCUACAUAGGAAGAACCACUAAAAGGCCUUGCCCACCAAACUCUGGUCUUCAUUAAAAAUAAAAAAUGCCAGGGGUCAACAAUUGAGAAGCUGUAAUUUGUUUGUGUGACCUUACAAAGUUCAGUUCCAGAGUUAUUCUGGAAAGGCAAGACUGGUCCUAGUGGACAAUCUGUACAAUAUUGAAAGACAACCUGAGUGAAUGUGUGCAGGGUGAGGGGACUUGUUUUCAAAAUAUUGAAACUAAAGUUUAGAAAACAUGAACUUAAACUGUGUGGCAUUGAAUACAAAAGUAACGCAAUCACGGGGCAAAUCAUUUUUCUCCCAUAUUUUUUUGGUAUGAAGACUGCAGCCAACAAAGCAUUUUUAAGCCGUUGUUGUUGGUUCUGCACCAAUUCCCUCCUGGCAUAGAACGCUGCUGCAUGUCGCAUAACCUAAAUGGAGCCAUAUAUUCAAAGCAAGCCAACUAAAACAAUGAUCUACUUGGCCAACAACACAGAAUACUUUGGCCAUUUUGUUUUUUUCAUUAGCCCACUCUGUAUAACUUCAGGAAAACCGGGACUAUUGGGGAGCAGUUAUGCUAAAUGUGCAGUCAAGGUAGAUGGAUCUUUUAUCUUAAUGAUCUUUUAUCUUAAUGCUUGUUUCAAUAUUGUAUGUACUCUUGCUUACUUCCCUUUUGCUCCUUUUUAACAAUUCUGAAUCAUUUUCUAUUAGCCUUUACCUUAGAACUGUAAGAUCUGCAAUAAACAUUCUUGAAAAGAA